CUGUGGAAGUCUAUGGGUGAUGCAAAUAAAACAACAAUGCUGAAGGCUUUUGACAUGGUCUUUGUACUGGCUCAGAAGUCCUAUGAAGGGUAUGACUACUAUGACUUCUUCGAACAGGUUUAUGAGAGAUUAAAAGGGGCACCAUUUUACAGCAACCUGUCGUCAGAAAAAGAGGUCAGCUCAUACGCUGCCUAUUUACAUGAUGCUGUUCUACUUUAUGCAAUGGGCCUUAAAGAAGCCUUUAAAAAUGGUAAAGACAUCCGGCACGGACGAGAGAUUCUCCAGAAGCUCAGGGACAGGACCAACAUUAGGUUUUACGGGGCUUCAGGUCUGGUUCACUUUGAUAAAUACGGAGAGAGGAACCUUGACUAUUCAGUAUAUGACCUACAACAAACAGAAUCGGUCACAAAAUUUGUCUCUGUUUUGGACUUUGACAGCCAUUCGAAAAUGAUCAAACCCACAUCAAAGUUUUCUAACAUUGCAUGGAAAAACGGAAAACCUCCACUAGAUAAUCUGGUCUGUGGUUUUGAUAAUGAGCUCUGUGAAUGGUUAGACAAUGAUAUAUCUCUGCUGGUUCUGCUGGUGGCUUUGCCUGUGUUAGGAGUGGCAGCAGUGGCUUUGAUCACUUUGUUGACUCUACAGAAGACCCGUCUACAGUCUCGUCUGGAGGAGUCCAACUGGUGGCUUAUCAACUACAACGAAAUAACUAUCCUCAGAGAGCCCAAAGUAACACAAACACUGUCUGUAAGCACAACGCCAAGCAAAUGUGGAAGCAGUGGCUCUCAAUCCAUGCUCUCCUCAAAUAGCUGUAGUACUAGAGAAGCCAUCUACGCUACUAUUGGACUCUAUCAGGGCAACGAAGUGGGGAUAAAGUUUUUGAAAAACCAAAUCAUCACUGAUAUCAAGAAGCCAUCGAUCAUUGCAGAGUUCAACAUGGUGAAAGAAAUGAAACACGAGAACCUAGUACAGUUCAUCGGUCUGUGCAUCGAGCCACCAAAUGUCUGUAUCGUAAUGCAAUACUGCAAGAAAGGAAGCUUGAAGGAUGUUCUUGGGAACAGUGAAAUUGAUCUGGACUGGAUGUUCAAAUUGUCCUUUGCUUAUGACAUUGUUAAUGGCAUGGAGUACAUACAUAAGAGCAGCCUGAAGUCUCAUGGAAAUCUGAGGCCCAGUACGUGUCUGGUGGACAGCAGGCUGCAGAUCAAACUCUCCGGCUUUGGCCUGUGGGAGUUCAAACACGGUACCAAACACAAAAUGAUCCCAAUGGAGAAUCCAAAUUAUGAAGAGAUGUACUACACUGCUCCUGAGUUUUUGAGAGAGGUCUACUACCCUUUCAAUGGGACCCAGAAAGGAGACGUCUUUAGCUUUGCCAUAAUCAUGGGAGAGCUGAUACACAGUACAGAGGCGGGCCCAUAUCAUGAUGUUCAUCUGGAACCAAAAGAGAUUAUCAAGCAGUUAAGGACUCCAAUAAGUGACGAGCUCCUUAGACCAUCCUUGUCUGCUGACAUCUGUGAUGAACGUCUCAUCCCUUUGCUAAAAGCCUGCUGGAGUGAGAACCCAGACCACAGACCCCCAUUCAUCAGGAUCAGGAGACAACUACGUCAGGCAUGUCCUGAAAGCCAUGUUAACAUCCUAGACAACAUGGUGAGCAAACUGGAGAAUUAUGCCAAUCAUCUGGAAGAAGUCGUGAAAGAGAGAACCAAUCAGCUCACAGCAGAAAAGAGUAGAGCUGAUAAGCUUCUAUCUAGCAUGCUGCCAAAGUAUAUUGCUGAUCAAUUAAUGUCUGGAAAACCAGUGGAGCCCAAAAGUUAUGACAUGGUGACCAUUUUCUUCUCUGACAUUGUGGGUUUCACCGCCAUGUGCUCCAUUAGCUCAGCUCUGGAGGUGGUCACCAUCCUCAAUGACCUCUACAGUCUUUUCGAUGAGAUCAUCAAGCUAUAUGAUGUCUACAAGGUCGAGACUAUAGGGGAUGCAUAUAUGGUGGCCAGUGGACUGCCUAUCAGUAACGGUACUCGUCAUGCUGAGGAGAUCUCAACUAUUGCACUCCACUUCCUAUCUGCCAUCAAAAGGUUCAAAAUUAGGCAUCUGCCUGAUGAAAAAUUGGCCUUACGGAUUGGGAUCAAUUCUGGCCCAGUGGUUGCUGGAGUUGUAGGCAGUACAAUGCCCCGAUACUGUUUAUUUGGUGAUACUGUGAACACAGCUUCUAGGAUGGAGAGCAACAGUCUUCCACUGAGAAUCCAUGUCUCCCAGAGCACUGCUGAUAUUCUCUUCAAGAUGGGAAAUUUUGAACUGGAGGAGAGGGGCGAUAUAGAAAUAAAGGGAAAGGGAAGACAGAAAACGUUCUGGUUGAUAAGCAAAUCUGGAUUCAGUUUUUCACCCAUUGGCCAGGACUGUGAUGCAAGUCCCAAGUAAGGAACAGAUG